UCUUAGUCACCUAACCCAGGAAAACCUCCUCUCCUCAAUAUUCAUGUAUAGUCAACCAUUUUUUUCUAUAAAUCUUUCACAUUAACAAACAACUUCAUUUUGUUUUGUUUCAUCAUUGGAAGACGAAGUUUCCAAGGAAAGUAUGGAGUUGAAAGACUUGCUUAAAGAAACUUCUGGUUUGUUUUUGUGGCAUUUCAUAUUAGUAGUAUAAAAAUGUUUAAAUUUUUCUGAAGCAUAGAUGAUCAAGUUUAUAGUACUCCUUAUAUUUGGAUCAGUGUUGAAUGAUCAAAAAAAUGCCUUAAAUUGCCGUUCAAUGUAAAUAAAUGUUUUGGCUGAUUUUCAAAAGGAAAAAAAGGUGAAAUUGAAGGUAGAUUUAAUCGUUGGGUCAGUAAUGGAUAUGGGGGAGGCUAGUAGUAUUGGUGGUGUUACACAGAAGGAACAAGACAAUCAAAGUUCAAUAAAUUCACAAAGCGGUGGAGUUCAACCCAAACCCAGUAGUAGUGCUGCUAUUGCAAUCACAAGGAAAGACAAUGAAAUCGAAAGGCAAGAAGAUAGCAAUUCAAGCCACAAAACAGACGUUCCUCAUGUGUCAACGUCGGCAGCAGCAGGGGGAGGAGGAGGAGACGAACAAACGCAAACACAAAUACAGACACCACCAGAGAAAAAGGAGGAUUGUGUGAUUAUUGAUGUCAAGUGCGGUGGUGGCGGCGAUGGUGGUGCGGGAUCAUCCUACAGUGAUGAAGGUUUGAGAGCAGAAAAGGUUUGCAGGAUAUGCCACAUGAGUUUGUCAGAGGAGAAUUCAGAGCUCCUCAUCCAGCUUGGUUGUGGAUGCAAAGGUGAACUUGGUGUCUCCCACCCUCAUUGUGCUCAGACCUGGUUUAAGCAUAAAGGCAAUAGACAAUGUGAGAUUUGUGGCAAGACAGCAAAAAACAUAACUGGAAUUCAGGACACAAGAAUAGUUAUGGAGUGGAACGAAAUGAGGUUGAUGGGUAUGCGCAGUAGUGCUGCAAACCCUUCAUCUUCAUCAUUGAGCAGAGAGGGUUCACGUCGUUGUAGGCCUUCCUUCUGCAACUUCCUACUAGCAUGCCUCGUACUGGCCUUUAUACUUCCAUGGUUCUUCCGAGUUGAUAUGUUAUGAUAUCAUAUCAUAUCAUAACAACUAAUACACCGUUGUUAUUAUUGCUCAGCUCAGUUCAGUUCCAGUUGAUGGUGUAAGGCAGUCAUCAGUUUUCUAUUCAUUCAAAAAUCCAGCGACUGUAAACUUCCUACCUGUACAACACAUAAAUGAGAAUUCAGAUUUAUUAUAGAUAAUGUGAAUACACCAACCAUACAUACUGCAGUUGCUACCUACCUGAUUGAGUUCUGCAAACUUCUUCUACGACAUUACAAUUCAUUUAUUUAGGUUUCUUGUAAAUUAUACUACCAACUAAAAUGUAGUGUUUAGGUUGGGAAGACAUUGUAAAUUUGUAACUCUUUCUUUUUUUUCUUGCUCUUGUUCU